ACCGAACGACGAUGGUUGUUGCCCCCGUCAAUAUUUAAUACUUUGGUCUGACACCAACCUCAUUGGAAAUUAUUUUCGAAUCACCGUGCACGUAAAAGUGAAACUUCUCAAUAGCAUCCUCAUCGUCUCCCCGUUUCCAGUUUUCAGUUACUGAUCGCAGACAUCGAUCCAACAGAGAGUUUAUUCUCUCCACUUCUUUAGUGAACAGUAUCACACUCAUUAGCAAAACUGCAAAACCGAAAGGAGAAGUGAUAUUGUUUGACUAUCUGAAACCAUAGAAAUAAUAGGGCAACGAGUCUCCUUCGUGUUUCUUGGGCGGACUGAUUGACGAGUUCCAAUUCUUGUACUGAAUUUUUACCGGCCUCUGAUGUUUGGAAAACCGGUUUCCUACACACUUUCUCCAUUACUAAUUUGUGAAUCAGCAUGGGCCGUAAUGUACGACGUAGUAAAUGCAGGAUGCUCAAAGAUGCUUAUUUCGUGGACGGUUUCUUUCUCACUAGAUAAGAAAUGACAACGAUUCAGAAAUAAUGGAAGUCCUCAGUGAUAUGGAGAUUACCCCCCUGGAUUUCUGCUCUAAUGGUCGCGGGGGAAGUAUUGAAGAUUGAUCUCCUAAUGCUUUCUGAAAAUAUGAAAAAAGGUGUGGACGCAAUUGCUUCAUAUGGAACGAAGCGUGGUGAUCUAGAUUUUUAUAUUGAAGCAGCAACAUGAAAUCAUGUACGUGCAAUUAUGGAGACAUUUAUUAAAUUCUCAGUGGUUGCACGUUACAAAACAUACCAUUCUCUUCGUUUUCUUGAUUAAUCGUAACUGCGUUAGAGAAAAUUUGUAAAUCAAACGUGAGCAGUUCAAUGCCAAGAUAUGCACGUAAUCGACUGACAGCAACGGGGAUCGUGGAGUGGAACCUGAAACGUGCUCUUCUCGCGCUGCCUGUUGGGCCAACUUUUGGUCCCUUAGUACAGCUACAACGUUCAAGCAAUAGCCCUGUAGUGCAAUAUAUAAAGACAUAAUUAUGGUAGGAAUCGUAGGAUUCAGCAUCAGUUGUCCAACUGUUUCAGUUCUCCCACUAACUCUCAACAUGAAGAUCGCAAUUAUUACCGUUCUCCUCGCCGUUGCUGCCGCUCAAGCCUAUCAACAACCAAAUUACAAAUUAUCCGAAUACAAAUUCCCUAUGCCUUACAGCUUUGCUUGGGAUGUGAACGAUGAUGCUUCCGACAACCACUAUACCCAUUCUGAAAGUAGCAAUGGUAAUGCAGUCACCGGUUCUUACCGUGUCGCCCUCCCUGACGGCCGAACUCAGAUCGUUACUUAUAGAGCAGAUAGCAACGGAUACGUCGCUGAUGUAAAGUACGAAGGCCAGGCCAGAUACCCUGAAUACAAACCUGUGUCCUCUUAUUCUGCCCCAGCCUACCAAGCUCCUACUCCGAUGUAUAAAGCUCCUGCCUUUCCGGCCUAUAGAGCCCCAGUCGCCCCGGUCUACCGAGCACCGGCACCUAUCUCCGUCCAUAGAGGCUCGGCUGUUGCACCAGGUUACGUAUCUCUUCCUGUACCGAUAGCAUAUAGAGGUUAACUACGACAGUCGGCCGUACAAGAGCAAUUUGGCUUGUACUCUAGACUUCUACUGAACACUUGAGUAGAGUUUGUUGAGUACAGUUUUUCUCACAUGUUUGCGUAGCUAAAUUAUGUUAGUAGAAUAUUUCGUUACGGAGAAUGCAUAACGCUGUAGUGCCACAUCUAUUUAUUGAGGUAAUUAUAUUUAUGCAUUGUAAUACAAAAUCCCAUAGCAAAGCAAA